AUUUGCAUUAUCUUUCCCAAACAACAUGGUUCAGAAUAUAGACACAAGCGCAUCAUCGCCCUCUUUCAAGCAGACGAACUUCGGAUCUCCACUACGAUCUCCUCUUCCCAGGAGAGACAGUAGAGACAUGUCGUCGCACCGCCAAUCAUUCAGCGAGCGCGGCAUUCCAAACUCUCCACGACAACGCAACCCGUCCUUGUCGCAGCAGGCCAUUCAGGACCUGAUUAACAAUCCGCCUGUCGGCCGCAAGGAUGACGCUCUUCCUAAAUUCGCUGGACGCGACUGGCGCACCAUCGCCCUAGAAGAGAUUCUGGUUCCCGACGAGGUUCGCUUCGUCGAAGUAGAUAGCACCAUUGAGGCUGCUACCAAGCUUCUGAUCGAUUCUGGUGCGCCCAAUGUCAUACUUAUCCGCCAGUCAGCCGAGUCCCGCCAGGCCAUUGGCCAAUUCGACUACGACGACCUCAACGCCUACCUCCUCCUCGUUACCGGCCUUACUCGCCCACAAGACUCGGACUAUGACCAAGUCGACAAGAUAGUAUCUCGCGCUCGUACAAACCAGCCUGUAGAGCUUGGUCACGUCAAGGACCUACUCGGCCGUAAAGAGACGCCUGCUUUUUGUGACGCCUCGGCUACCUUAUCUCGCGCUGUCGAAAUCUUUGGUGGUGGCUGCCACCGUAUUCUUGUUCGCUCGCCUGGUUCCGAAGACGUUGUCGGCAUUCUCAGUCAACUGAGAUUGGUUCGUUUCCUAUGGGAGAACAGAGCUAGCUUCCACCCAGUUGAGCAGCUACACAAUCGUUCGCUGAAAGAGCUGGAUUUGGGAAGUCAUUCGGUCAUCCAGAUCAAUGGUGACCGUCCGCUCAAGGAUGCCCUGCUUCUCAUGCACAGCGAAGGCAUCACUUCGCUGCCCGUGCUUGACAACCACAAGAACGUUAUUGGCAACAUCUCCCAUGUCGAUGUCAAACUUCUGACAAACACCUCGGCUCUCCCUCUCCUCGAUUCCUCUUGCAUCCAUUUCAUCACCGUCAUCCUCUCAGAACGCGGCAUGAACGACGGUCAGGACUCAUACCCUGUCUUCCAUGUCAACCCCACCAGCACUCUGGCCCACACAAUCGCGAAGAUUGUCGCAACCCGUUCCCAUCGUAUGUGGAUCGUUGACGCACCUUCACCUGCCUCUUCGAUCCCACCAUCUCCGCAUCUCGGUCCUUCGGUCUCGGCGCCUCCCCCUGUGCUCCAGCAGCUUUCUUCAUCGACAGCGGGCCCUCCUUACACACCAGCCACACCCAACGUCUCCGUAUCAGCAUCUGCCCUUCCCGGAGCAAAUCUUGGGGGCCACCUCAAUGGUGUCGUCAGUUUGACUGACCUGCUCAAUCUGUUCGCACGUAUGUCUGGACUCAGCCCAUUGGAUCCGGACGAGACUAGGCGUCGACGUCGCAGAAGCAGCAGCCAUUCUUCCAUGCAAGCCAGUGUUGACAGCUUCAGGAGUAGCAUGGAUAUUGGACGUACUGGCAGCCAACGCAGAUGAGCACAUCAACUCUCUGUUCUUGUGUGAUCAGCCAACACCCUCGUUUCUUGUUUCAACUUUCUAUCAUCGUUCUUGCUAUCUUUCAUGGUGUGUGCAGCGCUGGCGUUUUUAUCAUGGUGGCUUCUACAGUUUGGGCGGCACCUCAUUUAUGGUUUUCCAUUGCGGGCAUGAGAAGAGCUGGAUAUUUUCUUAGUUGGUUUGGGUCUUUUCUCCACGGCUGGGUUGCGUUUGAAAGCAGAUAGAAAUCAUAAGAACCGAAGAAUUACCAAUGACUGAACAUCUAAAUGGACAUGGUUCUGUGCAUGAUUUCAGCAGCCUUUGUGUGACGAUUGACGUGGAAUGGACGAUGAACAUAUCGAUGGUCGCGG